UGCCAUGCGGGUUCAUCUAGACAGUACUUUUUCUUUCCCAAGGUGCCUGUUUAGCAAAGGAUAUUCGGUCAAAUCGAGAUCCAAGCCCCGCAGAUCAUCUUCAACAGAGAGGCGCAAUUCAAAAUGCCACGCGAUCCUUUAAUCGGCCUUGUAGGGAAGCCUAGUGCUGGCAAGUCCAGCACGCUGAACUCCCUCACAGAUGCAACCUCUAAAGUCGGAAACUUUCCCUUCACCACCAUCGAUCCCCAGCGCGCCAUAGGCUACCUCCAGAUCGACUGCGCUUGUGCCCGACACGGCCUCCAGGACCGGUGCAAACCGAACCAUGGAUCGUGUGUCGAUGGCCGCCGCUCCGUGCCCAUCGAGCUACUCGACGUCGCUGGCCUCGUGCCGGGCGCGCAUCAAGGCAAGGGCCUGGGAAACAAGUUUCUUGACGACCUUCGACAUGCCGACGCCCUGAUUCACGUUGUCGACGCGUCGGGCACCACCGAUGCCGAGGGCAAGAACACCAGGGGGUACGAUCCGUCGGUCGACAUUGCAUGGCUGCGCAGCGAGAUCGUGGCAUGGAUUAGAGGAAACCUGAUGGACAAAUGGGGCAGCAUCCGGAGACGGCACGUCGCGGCCAAACAUACGGCGGUCGAGACGCUGCAGGCACAGUUCAGUGGUUACGGUAGCACGGCCAAAGUGGUUGCGCGCACACUGGAUAAGCUCGCGCUCAAGGAAGGGUUGGAACACUGGGACGAUGCGACCAUCGAGCGAGUUGUCGAGGCCUUUACCGAUGAGAAGUUCCCAACAGUUAUCGCUUUGAACAAGAUCGAUCAUCCAGACUCGGACAAGAACAUAGCGAAAAUUGCCAAGAUGCAAGACCCGAACAAGAUUGUGCUUUGCUCAGCAAUAUCAGAGAUAUUCCUGCGCAAGAUGGCAAAGCAGGGAUACAUUCGAUACACAGAGGGCAGCGAGUUUGUCGACACGAGGGAGGACUUGGUUGCGGACGGCGACCCAGAGGGCGGUGGAUUGAAAGAGCUUGAUGAGAAGAACAAGACGAGAAUAGAGAACCUCAAGGACAUGGUUCUCUACAGGUUCGGCUCCACUGGUGUCAAUCAAGUACUUUCCAAGGCCGCCGAGGUCCUGGGUUUAGUGCCCGUAUACCCUGUCCGCAACACAACGACAUUUGGUUCAGGAGCCUCCGAAUCAAAGUUUGUCUUUAGGGAUUGCGUGCUUGUCAAGAAGAACACAACCGUGGGAGAGGUUGCGAGAAAGGUGAUGGGAGACGCCCCCGUGGCGUACAUAGAGGGAGUUGGGGCCAUGCGAGUGUCGGAGGAUGUUGUUGUCACUGUCGGCAAAAACGAUAUUCUCUCAUUCAAGGUUGGACGAGGGUAAGACGUAUCAAAGCUGAAGCAGUAGACUAGAGUAAAAUUUGUAAGAACAGGGACGCACUGAGCUCCAUAUCACACUUCCGUGCGUUCAUGCAUGUAAGCAAGUGAUUACUUUCACCAUAUUUGACGGUUAGUUUUAGCGUGGCCAGAAUAUUUCGACACCCCAAGAGAGAACCGUGGACUCAAUUGUCAAAAUAUCAAUUGACCUGUUUUGGGUACGAUGGCUCCCAUUAAGUAUUGUGAUUUACGACCUUGCCGA